CUCUUGGGUAUCAGAAUACAAUAUGGCCGUGCGAGGAUUACAUGUCAUCACAAUUUCAUUUCUCUCUUCAGCACAACAAGUCGCCAGCUUCAUCCUUUCAAUUUCACGUCGUCUCCCCUUCGCUAGCGUCUAUGUGGAAGCUAACUCUCCGAGUUCUUUUUAAUUUGUUAGAAGGAUUUUUUGAGAACUGGCUGCCUUUGCUACUGGAAGUUGGGAUCAUCUGCGCAGAAAGAGCAAUAGUGAGAUCGUUUUGUCUGCUGGGAAUAAGAAUGGACGACGAUGUGUUCCUUGGUGAAGAUCCCUUGGGGUCGCAAGGUAAAAGCAAUCCUUCAUCUCCAAGAAGCCCGAACGAUGAUAUAGAAUUGAGAACAAUUGCUGGAAUGAGAAGCAAAGAAUCAGACCUUCUUCGGUCCGUGUCUAUGCCCGAUGGACUAGAUGUCAAAUCCAAAGGCACUGCUCAACAAGCGUCGCUUAUGAGCCCUGUAAAAGAAUUUAUAUCAAACUUUGUACAUCGUAAGGCAGGGAAACGGCGCCAAAUUGCAGGGCCAUCAACAACUGAUGAUAUCAGUUCUCAUCAGACGGAUCAACAAAAAGGACGAGGACAUUCCUUCCUUCCUUUCUCACUUCGAAACCCAACAUGGUGUGAUUUGUGUGGUGAAUUCAUUUGGGGCUUGUACAAGCAAGCAAUUCGAUGUAAACAUUGUAAGUAUACAUGCCAUCGGCGAUGUCGUAUAGAUGUCGAUCUUGACUGUUUGGGUGCUUGGCCAAAUAUUGUACGCAACAUGUCAGUGGAUGAAGUCACCAUGAAAACACUACAUCUUCUUGAUGACGAUGAUAUCAAACGAAAUGAACCCUUCACUUUGGUAUCUACACAGUUGCAGCAAGAUACCAUGAGGCAGAAGAUUGAGGAGUUUAAUGCCAAAACUACUGGACUAAUAAUGACAAUGAAAGAGGAUGCUUUCCAAGGUUUUGUCAGAGUUCACAUGAAUCUUUUACGACCAAUCAACAUUGUAGCAGGAGAAAGACCCCUCUCAAUAUUUGAGGCUGUUCGUUCAGAAAACAGCAAAAAAAUACAGAGAACCUCAUUUUUCCUUCCUCUUGGUACAGUAAAAGCCCUACAUAUUUCAAGCACUACCACAGUGCAAGAGGUGAUUGAAGCUCUGCUGAAGAAGUUCAAAGUUGCAGACAAUCCCAGGAAGUUUGCGUUAUUUGAAUGCUACCAAGAGGAAGACAGGCAUUUGAUUCUUCGGCGAAUGGCAGAUAUGGAGAGGCCACUUGUUCUACGGUUACUGUGGGGUGGUGGAGAUAUCAAACAUUCAUUUUCCUUACAAGAGAAUGAGACAGGCGAUAUUGUGUGGGAGGUGUUCUCAUUGACUGAACUGCAGAACUUUCUACGUAUCCUUGACAAGGAAGAGGAAGAGCUGAUUGAACAGGUAAAGGAAAAGUACCAGAAAUACAAGGAAAGAUUAGAACUAGCCAUGGAACUACAGAAAGACAUGAAGUCAGCAAAAAGCUUAUCACUCAAGAGUACAGGCUCUCUCUAAUGACUCCUUAGCAAAUGUGAUAAAUCAUCCAUCAUUAAAUAUCUAGCCAUCUGUAUUUUAACAGACUCUCACAGGUCUCAAAUUACUUGGCUGUAAUGUUUUUCAAGUAAUUGUAGAGACACAAAUCUCAAAGCUAAAAGUAAAUGAUAAUUUUUUUUAACUUUAGAUAUGUGGUCUGCAACUCUAGGUAAAUUUUAAAACCUGUUUAAAAAACAUUGUUUAAGUGCCGAUUUGCAGGAAAAAAUAUGCAGGUUUUGUCUUUUAAGUGGGUAAAACAAGGACACCAAGCUGGUCAUAACAGGGCGAGGAGCCACGACGUAGGUAAAUCAGCAUGACUGAAUAUAGGCAGCUAUGGAAAUGGAUUAUCACCAUAGAAAUAGAAUGCGUAGGAUGAGUGUGUAGGCGAGAACAAUCUAUUUGACUGGGAAUCAAUAAACUUGCUCAAUAAAGAAAACAUUUAACUUUUGCUGCAACAUCGAAAUGUAAUGUUGUCAAUAAUCUUAAAUAUCAUAUUCUGUGCCAAUGAUAUAGAUGUUAAUUACAUUAAUAUUAUCCUGUAAAUAGCAGUUACUUUGUUGCAGAACAACAGUGUAACGUUGUCAAUAAUCUUAAAUAUCAUAUUUUGUGCCAAUGAUUUAGAUGUUAAUUACAGUAAUAUUAUCCUGUAAAUAGCAAAUUUACUUCCUUGCAGUACAGCAAUAUUUUAAUAUUGAUUCCAUGCAAA